ACUGCGUCGCUGGGACGUCAGUUCAUUCAGAACAGUGGAAGUGCGCGAACCUCAGCACAGCUCAGCAGCCCCCAAAGCCCUCAAUCCGGACAAGGAGUCGUCCUCCCACCUAUCACACAUAGCCCACACAUUCAAUUCAAAUUGGGACACAGAAGAAGUCUUGCUUGGUCCUGUUGUUUGCCAGUGAAGUGCUUUCCAUUCGAGCAGAUCCCACGUGAACGUGAAAUAUGCGUUUGUCAAUGUCAUUGAGACAGCAGGAAGGCAAUGGCCAGAUGCUGAUGCUGAUGCUAAUGCUGGUACUGAGCCCGCUGAUCCUGGGUCCGGUGAUGGCGGUGCCAGCCUCUGUGCUGGCCCAGAACACGGAACUCUCCACCAAUGCCAACAACAAGCUACAACUCCAGCAGCUGGAGCAGCAACAGCCGGCAGCAGCAAAACGGUCAGAGGAUGCCUCUUCGAAGGCCAUAGGGCCAUCGGCUGACAAAAAGUCAAGUCCGGAAAUUAUGCCAUCUUCGUUCAGCAAUUCGCCGCCAGCCAGGAGCUCCAACAAAAUGAUUAUCAACCAGCAGCAACAGCAGCAACAGCUGGAGCAGGGUCCAUCCGGCAUCUAUGCUUUGCCCAGCAAUGAUGAGAUCCUGGCCGCUGUGGCCGCGGCCGCUCAAAACAGCCAGCAGCAGGUGCAGGAGGAGCCCACCGCUUUGGAGGAGGCAGUGGCCAGCUCCACGAUGCGCAAGCGGGGCAUCAACUACGACUAUAAUCCCUACAUGGCACCCAAUGACUAUGGCAGCGAUGUGCCCAGUGGUGUGUGGGCGGAUGAGUACGAUGCAGCAGUGCCGGUCAGCUAUGGCGAAAGGGAUCUGCAGGAGCUCGACGACUAUGUGCCAGAUCGACGAGUGGGCGGAUCGAUUGGCCGCAACAAGGCCUAUGACAAUCUCCAGAAUCUGCUGAAUGCCGAGGCGUAUCUGGAGAGCAUUCCCCUAUCCGUUCCACUGACCUAUGCCAAUCGCAACUACAAUCUGGAUGACAGGAACAAGCGUGGUGGCCUUUUCUACAACAUGGGCAGCACUGGCGGCAACCUACAGGGCAGCACUGGUGGCGACAACAUCAACCUGAGCAAAUAUCGUCGUUUUAAUGAUAUGCGCCUUAAGCGAGACACCACCAAACUGAAUCCCGCUGAUAUGUUAGCUCUGGUAGCCCUAGUCGAAGCCGGCGAACGUGCGCGCAAAGAGAGCGAUGUGGAGAGCUCUGGACCAGUGCCAAUGAUUGCCUCCGAUGAUCUGGACUAUGUGCCAGCGGGCGCAUGGCUCGAUGCACCUGUACAGCAGCAGCAGCAGCCCGGCAUGAUGGACUACUAUAUGCCACUGGAUAACCAGAACCAAGCGAUUCCCCAGUACGAAUAUGUGCCACGUCAACACAAGUACAGCGGAGUCAAUAGCCGAUUUGGCUCGUCUAAGCAGCGGUACAUGGUGUCCAAGAAGAAGCGAUCCAUUAGCCAAAGUCAAUUCAUGAACGAACCCGUGGCCGAGCGCGGAUCCAGCUACAAUGGCGAGAAGUACUUCUAGAGAGUUGGGUGUUGCAGGAUGCAUCGAUAAGCUAUAGUGGUAUUUCCUCUGAACAUUUAUAGAAAAUAUUUGAAAAUCGAACAAACAAAAUAACCAAAAAACUCAAUUAGUAAUGAGAUAGAGCCAAGGUCAACCUCGUGUGCAAUUUCUGUGUAGAAUUUCAAUUUUAAAACUCAAAUCUAACAAUUAAACAAUGUAUUGUUAUACGCAUAUUAACACUAAAACGAGUAUGGUGUGUGUGUCGAAAACAUAAUCAGAUGAAUGUUUUUUAUAGGACGCUGGACACAGGGUUUUACGAUUUUGUCUUACAUUAAAAACCUAACACUAAUGUAGCCAAAUCCUAACCGAACUUAAAGUAAAACUUACCCCCGCAAACUCUUAAUCGAUGUCGAUGUCUAUGGCAACUUAAUGUACAAUGAAAACUAAUGCGAAACCGAAACUAUCAGUAUCUACGUGUGUGUAAUACUUAUCAAACUAGAGGCUUCCCGGACUAAGUAGUACAAAAAUAGAAGAGAAUUAAAGUGAAGAGAAGAGAAGAGAGAAGAAACGCUACAAAUAUCGAUAACGUAGGCCCUAAAAAUCGAAAGAUUCGACGGCCAGUUAUCAACUUUAAUCGAGCUCAGAUAUGACAAUUAUCAGUCCAUUAAACUGCUUUAAUUUAAUAAAUUGAACAUUUUUUGUUGGAAGACAAAGCGCCCUUUGCACUGCACUACACUUGAACUACACUGUGCUACAACCAGAAGCAGAACAGAACUUUUAUACAGUGGACGAUGCGCCGAUGCCGACUCGAGGACAAGAUGAUGAUCCAAUCAGAUGGACAUUUGAUGAUGAUUUUAAAACAAUUAUAUAUUAACAGAUAUAAACAAAUAUCCACAGCUAUAUAUAUAUAUAUAUAUAAAUAUAUAUAU